UUCAUAUGAAGAAAGUCAAGGAGAACGAGGAAGCAAAUCAUAGACAAAAAGAAAAGUGUAAGAACAAAAAUUAGCCACAUAAUUUUGCUAAAUGGAGCCCACAAAAGCCACAAGGUUGUUCAUGUAGUAAUUUCCUAGAAUUUUUAGUUAUAAUGAUUAUGGCCGGUGUCUCUUUUUAUUUGUCUCUACCUUCUCUUCUUCCUUUCCACUAAAAGAAGAUAAAAAAUCUCUUUACACAAACACCUGUACUAAAAAAGGCUUAUUCUUUUCAUUCUUCACUUUUCAUUCCAUCUGUAUUUAUUUUUUGUUUUUUGUGAUCAAGUGAAUUUGAGUGAGACAUAUUUGAAUUCCCAUGUUGGUUUUACAGCUUCAUAUUCUAGAAUCUUAGAUAUAGACAUAUUUGAGUCUCCAUGUUGAUAUUUUGUAGCUUCAACAUAUAUUUGAGUUCACAAUAAUCCCUAUGUUGAUGUUGUAACUUACUUCUAAGCUUAUCAAUUUCAAUCAUUCUAUAGUUUGGUAUUGCUUUGGUAAGUUGUAUGAACUCAAUUAUGGACACAAGGAGAGAAAUUGUAGAGGUUAAUUCAAGUGGGGUUCGUGAUACAAUUUAUGUUGCUGUGGCUAAAGAUGUUAAAGAUAGCAAAUUAAAUGUGAUAUGGGCAAUACAAAAUUCUGGAGGGAAGAAUAUUUGUAUUCUUCAUGUUCAUGUCCCAGCGCCUAAGAUCCCCAUGAUGGGAGGUAAAUUUCCAGCAAAUGCAUUGACAAGGCAAGAAGUUAAAGCAUACAGGGAAAUUGAAAGUCAAGACAUGCAUAAGACUCUAGAUUCUUAUCUUCUUAUCUGUCAAAGAAUGGGGGUGAGGGCAAAUAAAUUGCACAUUGAAAUGGAUUGCAUUGAAAAAGGGAUUAUAGAGCUUAUAUCCCAACAUAACAUACAAAACCUUGUAAUGGGAGCAGCUUCUGAUAAGUACCACUCUAGGAGAAUGACAAGUCUAAGAUCUAAGAAAGCCAUCUAUGUAUGUGAAAAAGCUCCAGCUUCUUGUCUUAUACAGUUUAUCUGCAAAGGUUAUCUUAUACAGACAAGGGAUUGCAGUAUGGAUAAACUUAGAGUAGAGGGCACAUCUCCUUUGGCAAAGCAAAUGCAAAACUCUGAAGUUGGUCACUCACCUCACUUAAGAUCUAAAUCAAUUUCACAUGAUCAAGAAUUACUUCAUCAUAGAGUAAGAUCUAUGAGCUCAGUAUCUGAAAGUGGAAGGAGCAUAGCAUCAUCUGUUUCUUCUUCAGAAUGGUUUUCAACUCCACAAAGCAAGUUUGAUAACGAACCAAGUUAUAGUCCUUCACCUUCAUCAGUUGAAACUGCGGCAUCGAACACAAAUUUGAUUAGUGAUGGCAGUGAGAAUGUGUUGGACUUGAAGAGUUACCUGUCUAGUAUCAAAGAGGAGGAUCUUUAUCAUGCAUCACCUCCUAGUGUGCUGGAUGGAAGAAGGGAUGAUAGUGUGUAUGACCAACUUGAACAAGCUAUGGCUGAGGCUGAGAAAGCUAGGUGGGAUGCUUAUCAGGAAACUGUUAGGCGUCGAAAAGCUGAAAAAGAUGUCUUGGAUGUGAUACGCAAGAAUAAAGACACCAAAAUCUUGUACGAAGAAGAGGUGAAACUACGGAAAUACUUAGAAGAGGCGCUAGAGAAAGCAAAAGAAGAAAUUGAUAACAUGAGAAGCCAAAUCGAAAAAGUCAAUAAGGAACUCGAACUUGCCUUGGAUCACAAGUCAUCAACAGAGAAUCAAAUUGGUGAAGCCUCAAGAACACAAUCUCUUCAACUUUUGUCAGAGUUUUCUUUUUCAGAGAUUGAAGAAGCAACAUGUAACUUCAAUCCAUCGUUAAAGAUUGGUGAAGGCGGAUACGGAAGUAUAUUUAAAGGCAUCCUUCGUCACACCGAAGUGGCUAUAAAAAUGUUGAACCCUAACAGCACUCAAGGACCCUCGGAGUUUCAACAAGAGGUUACGGUAUUGAGCAAGUUAAGGCAUCGAAAUCUUGUCACACUUAUAGGAGCAAACCAAGAAACAAGGACUCUUAUCUAUGAAUAUUUACCAAAUGGAAGCCUCGAGGAUCAUCUCAUCUGCAACGACAGUAAUACCUCGCCAUUAUCAUGGCAGGCUCGAAUUCGCAUUGCGACAGAACUAUGUUCUGCUCUAAUUUUUCUCCAUUCCAAUAAACCUCACAGCAUAGUGCAUGGUGAUUUAAAACCUUCCAACAUUCUUCUCGAUGUAAACUUCGUAAGCAAACUUAGCGACUUUGGAAUUUGUCGUAUAUUAUCGUGUCAAGAUGAUUCUUCAAGUAACAACAGUAGUACACAGUUUUGGAUCACUAAAUUUGCAAAGGGGACUUUUGCAUACAUGGAUCCUGAAUUCUUCGGUACAGGUGAACUUACUACAAAAUCAGAUGUUUAUUCAUUUGGAAUUGUGUUAUUGAGAUUAAUAACUGGAAAACUAGCAUUAGGGAUAAAGAAUGAAGUGUUAUAUGCAUUAAAUAAUGCCGGUGGAGAAUUGAAAUCACUUUUGGAUCCUUUGGCCGGAGAUUGGCCUAUUGCAGAAGCCGAAAAUUUGAUUCAUUUGGCUUUGAGGUGUUGUGAUAUGAAUAAAAGGAGAAGGCCAGAACUUUGUUCAGAUGUGUGGAAAGUGUUGGAACCAAUGAGAGCUUCUUGUAGUGGCGCAAUCACGAACACUUUUGGUCUUAUGUCCUGUUUGGAUAAACAACUUAAUCGAACGACUUAAAAGUGGCCACGACAAAUGACCGAGGACAAAUUCUAUGUUCCAAAUCAUAAUCUUCAUUUUGCAAUGCAUGAUUGGUUUCAAAGUCACUUAUCAAACCUUCCAUUUUUUAUUUUCUCAUUUUGAUUAAAUUGUAGCUAGUUUUGCAUGUUUAUAUAUUAAGUUUCUAGUAGAAGCAAAGCAAUUGUCAUUAUAUUUAUUUUUUUAUACCAUAGUUUAUAGCUGUCAUGG